UGGGAGGAGGGAGAAAACCAAAAGGAAAGGACAGAAUGAGACUAGAGGGGCUGAAGGGGGUAAAGGACCCAUCUAGAAAAUAGAGGGACAGAGGGAAGAUAGAGGGAGGGACAGGAACAGAGAGGCGAGAGAGGCAGAGAGAGAAAAGGGGAGGGAGCAAAGAGGGUUACCUCAUCUAGAGCUGCUAGUGCACACGGUGCAGGGGAGAAGUUGUGGGAAAGUAAACAGCACAGGAGAAUUCCAAUCUGUGUUCAGCCCCUUGCAGCCUUCACAGGAGACUAUAAAGAUGAGUGUGCUGGACCCGGCAGUGUGGUAAAAACUGAGAGUUUAUGGGAGGCUACCAGGAUUAAAGGGUCACCAGGGAGUGCCUGAAGCUUCUCGGAGGACACACUACUGAGGACAAGGAGGAAUCAUGUCAACUGUGCUGUCUCAGCAACCACCAAAGGAGGAUGAAGAGGAGGAUGAUGAGGAGCAAGGGGAAGAGUUUGUGUUUGAGGACAGCACGGAUGAGGAGAAACUUCAGGAGGACAGUAAAGGGAUCAGCUUGGACUGUGUCAGCUCUGUCCAUAUGUCGAAAAAGGUGGACACUGAGGCAUCAGACAGUGUAUCACAGACAGUCAAAGACAAAACACAACUUCCCAAAAUUUCACCUCCUGCUGGACAGGAGGGGAAUCCCACCAAGGAUUUAUCAAUUUCUGCUGCAGAUGUUCCAGUUAGUGAGUCACCCAGCUGGGCCUCGGCAGCAGCAGACAAGCCCAGUACCUCAGCUCCUUGUGUGGGAGAGGAGCUCCGGGGGCUUCCUGCAGCGCCGUCAGCUGUGGAGACGCCGGCUGAUUCAGGGGACCGCAGAAAAGAAACCAUCAAGGAAAGCUCUGGCUCGAGGGACAUCUCUGAAGCUUCAUGUGUGGCUGAAGCCGAGCCACAACCGGCAGAGGCUUCAGAGGUGAUCUAUGAUGACGUUCCAUGUGAGGACCCUCUCUCUCCCGAUGAAGAUAUGAUUUAUGAAGAUGUUCAGAGAGACAGUGGUCCUUUGAAUGCCGACAAUGGAUGGAGCUCCAGCGAGUUUGAGAGCUAUGAUGAGCAGUCUGAUAACGAGGCCAAACUACCAGCAAAGAGCAAGCUCUCUCCUGAAGUGCGUCGGCUGAGGGAACGCUGUGCCAGGACCAAACGUGAACUGGCCAUGAGGCUGUCUGGCAAGCACAACUAUGACAUCAAGGUUCAACAGCUCAUGAAGGCGGCGAAAAGUGGAACAAAGGAUGGGCUUGAAAAGACCAAAAUAGCCGUCAUGCGAAAAGUUUCCUUCCUGCAGAGAAAAGAUCAAUUGGAAGAGGAGGAUGAUGCAGGAUACCUGGAUGUAGCUGUGUCAGAAGUGAAGCACCCCCCCCCACAACUGAGCCCCAUGCCAGAGGGGCUGACCAGCCACCAGGUUGUCAGACGCCAUAUCCUUGGCUCCAUCAUUCAGAGCGAGCGGAGCUACCUGGAGUCUCUCAGGAGAAUCUUGCAGGAAUACCACAGACCAUUGAUGGAAGCUGAUCCACGCAUCUUGAGUCCACGGAAGAUCCGGCCAAUAUUUUACCGAAUCAGGGAGAUCACACAGUGCCACUCCAUGUUUCAGAUUGCGCUGGCGUCUCGUGUGGCUGAGUGGGACAGCAAUGAGAAAAUUGGAGACUUAUUUGUUGCCUCGUUUUCCAAGUCGAUGGUGCUAGAUGUAUACAGUGAUUACGUGAACAACUUCACCAAUGCCAUGGCUCUCAUUAAAAAGGCAUGCAUGUCCAAACCAGCUUUUCUGGAAUUCUUAAAGAAGAAGCAGGCAUCUAGUGUUGACCGGAUCACCCUGUAUGGCCUAAUGGUUAAGCCCAUUCAACGAUUCCCCCAGUUCAUAUUGCUCCUGCAGGACAUGCUUAAGAAUACACCAAAGGGCCACGUGGAUCGGCUGCCCCUGCAGCUUGCUCUGACAGAGCUGGAGAUGCUGGCUGAGAAGCUGAAUGAACAGAAACGAGUAGCUGACCAGAUUACAGAAACUCAACAGCUAGCCCGCAGCGUCAGUGAUCGCCUGCUCAGUAAGCAACUGAACUCGGAGCAGGGGUCACUGGUCCUUUGUGAGACGCUUAUUGAGACUGUGUAUGGUGAACGGGGACAAGUCCUGAAGUCAAAGGAGAGAAAGGUCUUCCUCUUUGAUGAUGUGCUCAUCUGUGCCAACAUAAAUGUCAAGGGGCCUCCAGAUAUCAGCAGUCUGGUCCCUGUUGGCCCCAAGUACACCAUGAAGUGGAGCGCCCCCCUACAGCAGGUGCAAGUGGUAGAGGUUGGGCAAGAGGGCUCUCAAAGCAAAGACACCUUCUUCCAGCAGAGCGGGGCUAAGAGGCCAAGUGGUGCCUGCACUUCAGGUAAAGCGAUCCUGGGCCCUCCACGGCUCUAUCAAGAACUGCAGGAACUACAGCAUGACCUUUCUGUCGUGGAGGAGGUCACUCUCCUUGUGGGCACACUGCAGGGGACGUAUCAAAACCUGAACACCACUGUGGCCCAGGACUGGUGUCUGGCUCUGCAGAGGCUUAUUCGCAUCAAAGAAGAACAGAUCCAGAGUGCUAACAAAUGUCGCUUACGCCUGCAGGUGCCCGGCAGGCCAGACAAGUCAGGACGUCCUGUCAGUUUCAUGGUGGUCUUCAACACUCCCAACCCCCUUAGUAAGAUCUCAUGGGUCAACCGUCUGCACUUGGCCAAGAUCGCACUACGAGAGGAGAAUUCACCAGGUUGGUUAUGUGGAGAGGACGAAGGGAAAACGAUGGCCCCGCUUUGGUGUCCGCUGCUCUCUUGUCACAUGCCUGUGUUUGCUGCAAAGUCACCAGAGAGAAAGCUUGAAGCUGCCCUCCAUAAUCCUGUUCACUGUGCAUUGUUGGGCUUCUCUGCAGCGAGUACCUCCUUACCUCAAGGCUACCUCUGGGUGGCUGGUGGAGGAGAAGGUUCUAAGGGGCAAAUAGAGAUAUUUUCCCUCAACAGGCCCAUGCCAAGGGCUGUAAAGAGCCUGCAGGUAGGCUCGGCUGUCCGAUGUCUGGAAUAUGUAGCAGAACCUUCUCAGGCUGAGGAUGUGGAGGCUGGAGUUCACAAGGCACCCUCUGGGAUCAGUGCCAACAUUUGUGUUGGAUUAGACGAUGGCCGCAUCCUGGUCUAUGGCAGCGUGGACACUGCAGCACAGUGCCUACUGACCCUCCACAACCCAGAGGGCUGCCCUGUGCUGUGCCUGAAACACUCCUCUCGCUUCCUGUUUGCAGGCCUCCGGAACGGGACCAUGAUGGUUUAUGGAAGACAUAACAGUGAUGAUCUUUGGGAACCUGACUCCUGCAGAUGUGUAAACCUGGGCUCAGAGCCUGUGCGGACACUGUUGGUGUUAGAUGACUCAGUGUGGGCAAGUUGUGGGAACUCUGUCACAGUUGUGGACAUCUCCAGCCUCGCCACUCAGAAAUUUGAAGUCCAUCCAGACCCAUUGGUCAGCGUUGCACACAUGGCGUUUGCUGGUGGAGGGGUGUGGAUGGCAUUCUCAGAGGGUUCCUCCAUCCGUCUAUUCCAUACUGAAACACUGGAGCUUCUGCAGGAAAUCAACAUCUCAACACGGUCAACGCUCCUGAACACUGGUCAGAAGAGCAUGCGAGUCACAAGUCUCCUAAUUUGCCAGGGGCUGUUAUGGGUGGGCACUGCUCAAGGCUUAAUUAUCACUCUCCCAGUCCCCAAACUGGAGGGCAUCCCCAAAAUAACAGGAAAGGGUAUGAUCUCUCUAAAUGCUCACUGUGGACCUGUGGACUUCCUGGUAGCCACCACCAGCACCCUAUCUCCAGAACUGCUCAAGAGGGAUUCUUUCGGGGAUAGUCCGGACUCUGCCUGUGGAGGAGAGGACCGCAGCGACACCUCCUCUCAGGAAUCCCUGCAACAGUCCAGCUCCUACCAGGGAGAUGGGAGAGGCAAAGGACGCGGCGUUCUGCUGCAAUACAGGUUGCGCUCCACAUCAGGAUUACCUGGACGGCCAUUAACGGCACUGGGUGAUGAGGCGUUAGACUCCUCCCUGGAGUCUUUGGAGCAUAGUGUGGAAGAUGGAUCUAUCUAUGAGCUCAGUGAUGACCCAGAAACGUGGGUGAGGGGGCGUCCUUGUGAGCGGGAUGGGGGACGCAGGGACAGGGUGAUUUCUGCAGCGGUUAUCUCUGGAGGCAAGGGCUUCCGCAGACUGAAGGAGGGAGCUCCAGCAGGUACUAGGACAAGUGUGGAGGGUUUAGAGAAUAUUCUCAUGGUAUGGCAGCUCCCACUGACAGUGUGAUAUGGAAAAUAUAUGGCAAGAUGAUAUGUAUUUAUAGAUGUCUACCCAGCUUAGCAUUGAAUAACCUGUUCCAUAAAUUCAAGGGAUUUAAAUACAUGAUGAGAAGGUGUUGCCACUGUUACACAGCUUGACAUCUCAUGAUUUAGCCUGUGGAAUAAGAAGACUAAGGCAUGCUCUUCUGUAGAAGUACUGUCAGCCCAUUGGAUGCUUUGAACAUUCACAAUUGUGCAUCAUCAUCUCCUCAGCAGUGGCAGAGGCCGCCACAGAUUAGUUCCAUGUGAUUGUUUUUAUCUGGUUCCUCUUCCUGCCUUAGUUAAGAUUGAUAUGCCUCAAUUUAACCUCAUCAUUGCUGCACGUGCUCUGCCACAUUUAUUUUAUGCGAAAGACUUGUGUGUGAGCACCCAUGGACUGCACGCCUUUGAGAAGCAGCCUUUGUUGAAUCUGCCAUGCUCUGCAGAGUUAGAGAUGGACGUCUUUUAUCUUAUCUAGUGGGAGAGAUCCCAUCUGUUUAGAGCGGAAAGCUGGGGACUACCACCACAUCACAAAGCACAUUAGCAUCACUUUAUUACCUUUGCCAGCCUUUCUCUCAUCCCAUACAAUGUGAAUGUAAGAUACCUUCUAUUGUGUCUCAAAAUUGAAUCUGUGCUCUCUUAAAAUAAGAAAGAAUUUCAUUUUUCUUAUUUUGUUGCAGCUGUUGCAAAACUGAUUUUUGAGAUGAUUCCAAGACCUUACCACACCUUUGUUGAGGAGGGUCAUGUUAGUAAAGACUGCCUGCAAAACUGUUGUAAAAACAAACUGAUUUGGAAGACAAAAGUUAUGAGAGGAAGUUGUGAUGUUAUCAUCUCAACAUUACAGAAUCUAUAUUUGCACUGUAAAAAAUCUGUAAUUUUUACAGGUAUAUUUGAGGAAAUGAAACGUUUUAGGGCAUUAUCUUGCCAAGUACUGAAAAUGCCAGAUAUCUGUUUAAUUAUUCAGUGUCAUCUAUCAGCAAGAUAAAACAAAUGUGCGCACAGUCUUGUUAAUACACAACUCACAUGGAAACCCCAGUUACACAUCAAAAGCAAAACGAAUGAUGAAAUAAGUGCUGCAGUUAUUUAAACUGCUACUGGCUUUGUAUCAUCUAAGGGAAUCUACCUAAGAGAGAAGUGUGUUUACAUGCACAUGAUUGAUUCUGAUUAAAGGUGGUGUACAUGUCAUAAAUCAGUACUGCAAUUAACAGUGAUGUAUAUUAUCUGUGAUAUUAACCACGACUCUCAAGUCAUGUAAACCUUGUCCCAUCAACAUUGUUUUCCAUGUGUUUUCAUCCUAAUAUUUGGUAAAUAUUUGAAAUUUAAUACAAAGUUUAAUAUUUUAUGAUCAGGAUACGAGGAUGCACAUGAACAGCUUGUCAUUCCUGUCCAGUGGAAACCUCACAUCUCCAUUCUUGGUGGUCAUCGUGUCUUCAGAUCAGCUGAAAGAUUACAUGGUUACAUUACAUUACAUCUUGUAUUUAUUCAGCAUCAGCAGCUACGUUGAAUCUGAGCAGGUAUAAGAAACACUCAGUGGUACUGGUGUAACAUUGUGAAGUUUUUGCCUCAUCACUCUUUAAAGUUAUAGUAGCAUUGGCAGGCUUUUAAACAUGGGCUAUUGACAUUGGCAUCUGUCUUGAGAGAAAAUCAAGAAGUACAUACUUUACAGGGCACACUUUUCACAACGUGUUGACACAGUACAGUACGGCUGCACAAGUAUCCAACUGAACAUGGCUUUGUGGAUUGUCAGACCAAUGAAUGCUGAAGGUCAUGGUAUAUUUCUCCACCUGACUCUGCCCAGCCCCUAUCCUGCACAUUGAUCCACGUCUUAUCUCUUCAUCACAGAUGAAGCAUAAAAUUCAUGUUUUGUAUUUCCCUGAGGCACAUUGAGGUUUAUUUUUCCUUUUCUUCUUCUCCUCAGAAGUGAAAUUCAAAAGCAUUUAAACAUCCUGCUGUCAGCCAGAACCAUGGAAAAAAACAAACAAAAAAUAAAACAUAAAUAAAACACACACAGACACACACACACACACACACACCACACACACAUAUAUAUAUAUAUAUAUAUAUAUAUAUAUAUAUAUAAAGAGAUGAUGUAAACUGUGAUCAGAGGCUGUCAUCUAAAUGUAAAUCUCAAUGUCACGUCAGAAAUAGUGUAACUCAUGUGAUAUUCAAUGCUGCUGGAACCACAGACACCCUCAUGGUCACUAUAGAGGUUGUUCGUUCAUCCUCAACCAAUCAGAGGAUGAGAGUGUGUUCUUGCUUGAGUAGCCUGAUGAAAUAUACAUGAUUCCUCUACAAAAGCUGCCAUGGAGUUGCCAUUGUUGAACUGAUUCACCAUCUUAUCAGCUAACAACUGAGCUAUAAUCUCACAAGCGUGUUGACCUUUGAUGGACAUUGACUCAUUCAUUUCAUUUGCUUGUAUUAUACUGCGUGUGCAGGUAUUAUCCAUGCACUGAAUAAUAUACUCACAAAUGAACGUACUGUACUACUAAUUAGAACUGUUACUGUAUUAAUUAAACCUAUAUUCCCUUUUGUAAAGAGGACUCUGCAACAGUGUUGAUAUUUUAGAUGAGACUGUAAAAGGUACAGUUUAUGCAAUUUAUUUUGGUGUGGUGGUAAGGGUUACUGUGGUUUAUCAAAAAUGGGAUUUUAUUUUUGUAGAUUUGGUUGUUGUUUCUAUCAAUUAUGACAACAUGUGCUUCACAAGGUAAUUGCUGAGAACUGGGAACAUGGCAACAUCAAUAAAAAGAAAUCUGGCAAGCUAAGAAAUAUCAUACAGGUUAGCCAAACUUUAGAUUUUUGUUAGAAAAAACAGGCAAAAUUAUUACUCAAAUUAUGUUGUACACAUCCACCAGGAUUGACAGACCAUCUUCCAAGCUCAAUUUUGACCCACUGUGCUUGCUGUAGUUGAGUCACUCAGUUUUCCUGUGCAAUGACGCAUCAUAAUUAAAAGUGCAUUCAAGUUCUACCUCCUGCAAUUGUUGGGCUUUUAUAUAACCUGUGUAAUCAUUUGAUUAUUCACAUUUCUUAACCUUUGAGUAUCGCUACGUUCCCAGGUCCCACCUUGGUGAGUACAAUUUUACCAUAAUUGAUGGAAAUGAUGGUCAAGCCUCCAAAAGUAUAAGUAAUAAAAUAAGCCAGAAAUAUCCUUGAAGCAAAAGUAUUACCUUCAAUGCCAUCACAGGCAUAGGGAAACACAGUGCUUGUUUCCUUUUGGUACAGUACUUUAAUGUCACAUGUCUAAACAUUGUCUAACAGGCUUAUGCUAAAAUAAAACAUCUUUAAACAGA